AUGUCUAGUAAUAGUGGACCUCCCACCAAAAGAAAGAGGCAAGGACGAAGAAAUAAUGACCAAAUUGAAUAUUUGGUUGAUUAUAUGCUACAACAUCCAAAUUUGGCAUCAGGAAAAUUUUUCAAAAUGAAUUCGAGGGAUGCAUUGCAGGGAUCUUGGGAAGAGCUGGUAAAAGAAUUGAACGAAAUGCGUAGUAAUGGACAGUCGGAAAAAAACGUCAAAUCUUGGAAAGAAUCAUGGAGAGAUCAGAAGACUAAGACAUCAAAAAAGUCGGUGCUCUCAGAAGUGCUAGGGUGGAAACUGGGAACAAAAAAAAUAAUUUACCUCAGCUGUCAGAUUUAGACACAAAAGUUCUAAGUAUAAUCGGAAAUGAUUACGUUGC